GAGAAAUGUAACACAGGGGAAAAGUUGUUGAGAGCAGUGUACAGCGGAUAGAAACUGUUUAGGUUAAUUUGGCAGGUGAGCAGGUGAGAAACACAAGAAGGAGGCGGCUGGCUACGGGAACAUUUGAUCCGCAGACAGGUUUGAAACUCAAGCAUCUUUCAGCGCAUCCACCCCGGUGUAGCCUAUAUAUAAGCCAGCUGUCAGCGGGCACCACAAAGCCUUAUCUAUCGCCUGCUGCUUUGGACCUGGACGGAGAGGAAGUCGAGCCAACAGCGGACCAACAUGUCACUCACCUCAAUUCUUUCAGCUGAGGCCAUUGAAAAUGCUGUCAAGGACUGUCAAGCUCCGGAGACAUUCUGCUACAAAAAGUUCUUCCAGCUGUGUGGCUUGUCCUCAAAGACGCCCCAGGAAGUCAAAGACGUCUUCCAGAUCCUUGAUGAGGACAACAGCGGCUUCAUUGAGGAGUCUGAGCUCAAGUACUUCCUGCAGAGGUUUGUCCCCGGGGCGCGGACACUGACCGAGGCAGAAACCAAGAACUUCAUCUCAGCAGCUGAUGAUGACAGUGACGGCAAAAUUGGAGUAGAGGAGUUCCAGGCUAUGGUCCUGUCCUGAGUUUGACAGAUGAUAAGAGCUCAAGUCCUCAGGUCUUCAGUCCUCUCCUCACCCAUGGAGUCUUCUGAUCCCAGCUUCCAUUCCCAGUGAUUUGCGCUAAUUGUUUUUAAAUGACCUUUUGUCCAUUUAAAGACAACAGACUUUUGAUGUGUCUUUCCACUGUGUUGGUCCAUGUUUUAUUUUAUGUGCACACAACACCUCUGUCAAUGAAUGAGACAAAUAAACAUGUGUGGAAACAU